AUGUUCUUGCCUCCCGUACACUCUUCAUCUACAUUGUACCUUUUCCUGUCACUGGUCAUCGCUCUACCCUUCAUUGACAGCUCACCGAUACCUAAAUUAGACUUGGAUAUUCCGCAAGCCGUCAAUUGUACCGACCUGAAGGCCUCCUUUGACUCGUCAUGCUGGAAGACGCUCAACCUCGAAGGUUACCUCAAUGAUCCAGAAACGGGCUGGAACCGUACUGCAGCUAUUUGCACGGGCGACGAAGAUGAUGCCGCUUGUUGUCUACCCACGGAGCCUUGGACAACCUGCUACUUACGGCUGGUCCACGGUUUCCCUGGUACGGACUGCAGCGAAACCAAUGCCCAAGACUGUUCCUAUGACCCGAGCCUCGCCGUCGACCCAAGGAUCGCGCCAUAUGUUGCAUACACAAUGAAAACGAUAUACGCAAUAAACGACCUCUUCACAACUUGGUUCAACGCUCUACAAUACGCCGCCUCGCAAGCCCUUUCCAUCGUUCAAGACGUAAUCAAUCAAGUCGAUCCGCCCCAGCAAACAAAUUUCAUCCUCCGCGACCUCCUAUUUGCCCUCACAGUCGGCCUCGCUUACAUUGUCGCGCCCGAAGCCGGCAGUCUUACAGGCCUCCUGGUGGCAACAGCCGCAGCCGGACGAGCUCUCCUAAAAGGCGCCAACCAAGCCCCAACGGUUGCGCGCGGCAUCUGGCCCGCUGGAACGGAAUCCUCCCAAUCGAUCCAGAUCGGCGACGUAGAGAACGAGCUCAACAACGCCACGGGAAUCACAGCCAUAAUGUUGAAUUCGGGGCUGGAAUUGCUAAUGAGCGAUAUGCCUUCCUUCGUUGAGUUCGCCUCCACGGGCAUGUUCUCGGGAUCCGACUCCCUGUCCCUCCCCAAAGAAGUCGACGGCCUUGACGUCGCCCUCAAAACAUUCAUAGUCUCCAACGCCAUGACCUCCAACGGCUGGCAUUAUACCGUCAUCCUUGGGGCCACACGCGACGACAUCUCCAGCUGUGUCCCCGGCUCUGGCGGCAGCUGCUGCACAUGGUGGACCCUCGGCUCCUCUUCCUCCUCCUCCUCCUCCUCCUCCUCCUCCUCCUCCUCACCCGCACCCAGCAUGUGCGGUGAUUUUAUCUGGUACAGCGACGCCACGAUGCGGGCCUUCAGACUGACGAAUUCUCACAACCUUAACGGGACUGUGGAUAUGCUGAGUGCGAUUGUGGAGAAUGCGUGGACGACGCUACCGUUGCUGUUCGACGGGGCGUAUAAUUGCAGUGCGGCGGGCACUUUUGGCGGAUCGCCGAUUCAAAUCGAGGCGGACGGGACGAUUGAUUUGAGUUGUAUGAGUCAGUUGGCCGAGGGGCCUUCUUUGUCUGCGGAGUGA